GGGCAGUAAUGCGGUUUGUGAGCGGUUGUUUCUUCAGCUGGACGCUCUGCCUGUCAGCAGAAAUGUAAACACUUCAUUCAUGUGCGGAGAAUAAGCGUACAGAUACUCUGGGAACCUCUGAUGUUGCUGUGUGAGCAUGGCCUCAACUGCCAGUUUUGCCCCUCCAAAGCUAGCAGACUUUAUCUUGACAGAGCGGCUUGGCAGCGGCACAUAUGCUACCGUCUACAAAGCCUACAGGAAGGGAAACAGUAGAGAAGUGGUGGCAGUGAAAGUUGUGGCCAAGAAGACUCUCAACAAGGCCUCAACAGAAAACCUUCUGACAGAGAUUGAGAUCUUAAAGACUGUGCGUCACCCUCACAUUGUCCAGCUGAAAGACUUUCAGUGGGACGCGGAGAACAUUUAUUUGAUUCUGGAGUGGUGUUCAGGCGGGGAUCUCUCCCGGUUUAUACGCAGUCGGAGGAUUUUACCAGAGAGCCUGGCUCGGCGCUUCCUGCAGCAGAUAGCCUGCGCUCUCCAAUUCCUUCAUGAACGGAAUAUCUCACACUUGGAUUUGAAGCCCCAAAAUAUCCUGCUUAGCGGUUCUGUCCUCAAACUAGCAGAUUUCGGGUUUGCCCAGUACAUGUCGCCGUGGGAUGAGAAGAGUGUCCUGAGAGGUUCCCCGCUCUACAUGGCUCCGGAGAUGGUGUGCCGACACCAGUAUGACUCCAGAGUGGAUCUUUGGUCGGUAGGAGUGAUUCUUUAUGAGGCGCUGUUUGGACGAGCCCCAUUUGCUUCAAAGUCAUACGCUGAACUGGAAGAAAAAAUCCGAAGCAAUCAACCAGUAGAGCUCCCUCCAGGCGCCCGGGUCUCCAAAGACUGCAGAGACCUUCUGUUGAGGCUGCUCGAGCGAAAUCCGGAUGCCCGGAUCACCUUUGAGGAGUUCUUCACUCACCCUUUUCUGGACAUGGAGCACAUGCCAAGUGCUGAGUGCAUAGUAAAAGCAAGGGAGCUGGUGACGCAGGCCGUGCAGAAGGACCAGGAGGGGGAGCGGGCUGCAGCGCUGACUCUCUACUGCCACGCCCUGGAGUACUUUGUCCCUGCAAUUCACUAUGAGACGGAGCGACAGCGUAAAGACGCCAUCAGGCAGAAGGUUAAACAGUACGUGUCGAGAGCCGAGGAGCUGAAGGCUCUGCUUGCUUCGGACAACAAACGGAGCUUCGAGGAAGCUCGGACAUCCAGAGACGUUCUCCGAGAAAUGUCUAAAGACCAACCACGUCUCCUGGCCGCCUUGGACAUGGCCUCUACAGCCAUUGCUAAGGAGGAAUAUGGAUCAGAUAAUCAUGAAGCUUUGGAUGUGUACCAGCAGUGUUUAGGGGAGCUUCUGUUAGCUUUAGCAGCUGAGCCCCAGGGUCGCAGGAGAGAGCUGCUUCAUGGUGAGAUUAAAAGCCUGAUGACCAGAGCUGAAUACCUCAAGAAGCAUAUCAAGAUGCAGGAGACUGAGAGGGAUGUGUCCCUCGACCGAGAAUCUCUCGCUGAAUCCGUCAGAGGCUCCUGCAGCUUGCAGUGAGCGGCGCAGCAGCUGUAAAACCCAGGAAUGCUCUGCGGACUGUCCGUCAGUUUUCAGCUUGGACACAGAGCCCUCACCACAGCAGGCCUCUGCAGGGGCCAAAGCACACUGCAUCCUAACCCACUGAGUACACUAUCUGGGUGGGAAGUGACAGUUACCAGCCAAAGAUGCUUUGGCCGCUGCUGUAAAGCUCCUCUACUAUAUGAAUUGGCAGGUAAAGGACUCAGUUUGAAGGAUUUUUUUCCCUACUUUUUAUUUUCUUCUUAUAAGGGAAAAAAGUUCUGAAUUAGCUCUUUAAUUUUGGGGAAUGUGAAAGCCUUCUGCCCUUACUGUGUGUUGUUAGAGAGCUGAGACUCAAUCCCCCUCCUCCAGAAUCACCAUUGAUAUGUAAAUGAUGCACAGCUCGGAUGACAAUACCAACCUGCCAGUCUAAAUGAAUAAAACUGAGACCGCUGCAUUAGAAUAGCAGACAACAUCUACACGUCCUUCCCGCAUGUUAUGAAGCUCCAAGAAAGGCAAUCAAACCUGAGCUGUAGUGUUUAUUAGAUCUGUGCAGCCUCUUCUCGGCGGCCUUUACUGUGGCUCAGCCGCAGACUCGCCGUGCUUCAUCACUGACAGUCCUCAUCAGAGGUGCGGCUUCUGCCUUGUUUGCACUGGUGUUGUGUUUAGGUUAUGAUGGGAAACUUUAUUUGGACAAACUCUCCACAGGAAACCAUGGAGGCUUUAAUUAAAGUACAUGUUGGAGAGAGAUGCUGAUGGUUCUUUUACAUUUUCUGUCAUUUAUUUUUUCCAAAGGGAGGCCAUUUAGGCAAAACUGCUGUACUGUUUUUUUUUUUUUUUCACAUAAAAAAACUGUUUUACUUUGUAUUUAUUUAA